GACGAUUCUAAGCUGGUUCAGACAAUGCACUAUGGUUCUCCGGUCUUGGGGAGCGACAGAUCAUAAUGCGAUGCUGGGCAGAGGAGUACCGCAUCCGGCCUCGACCAAAUUUCACAAUGAUGACACUGGGCCUGCUGCGAAACGACUUAAGACUUUCGAGAGCACCGAUGGCGAGGACUCUCGUGACGUGUCAGGCGACGAAUAUGCUCUCCGCACCCCGAAUGCCUACCGAAAUGAGACAGCAGACUCCGAGGACGAAGAUGCUCUCGAGGAUGAAGGGAAACUCACUUCGAUUCGUCCGACCGAGUUGGAGAGUGCGUUGCCACAGGUGAAGACUGACAAAGAGGCAAUUGAAGAGUAUGAAGCUAUGCGAGCUGCCGAAGAUGUCCCAGAAGACCUCAAAUCUCGUCUCAGUCAAAGGAGUUGGACUAAGGGAAAGAGCUCAAUCUAUGUUGAUGCCUUCAACCUGGCAUUGGAAACGGUGCUAGAAGACGAGGGACACUUAUUCGAUGAGAAGGAAAUGGAAGUCUUCAACCAAUGGAGAGCCCUAGAGUAUGAAGCUCAAUAUUUAUACGUCCGUUUAUUUCUCAGAAAAACUUCUGCUUGGCACCGUAUCAAUCGGCUGGGUUAUUAUAGUGAUAUUGCAGAUCUUCCAGCUGCCGCUCAAGUACUUCAAUCAGUCCGACAGUUGCCAAAAUCUUCUGCAGGCAUUCAAUCAAACCCGGGAGAGUUGGCUCCUCCUGAAGGAACUGUCCUUGAAUCGAACUUCAGCUUUGCCGACUUCUCUGAAGGCACGAUCACCUCACUCGAGGAAGCAUCGUCUUUACUUAAUUUGGAAGAGUUGAAGACCAUUGCCAAGGAAGCCAAGGUCCAGGGGAAGAACAAGUCUGAAUUACUGAAAGCUCUAAGGCGAAUGAGCCAACAUCAGAGUGGACUCGGUUGGGUUGGAUUGAAAAGGUCUGACAGUGAACACACUGUUGCUUCCGAAUCUGGUGGAAAUGAAAACGAUGAAGACGACUCCAUGUCGGACAUGAACAGAGACAAGCAUUUUGUAAGGAAGAUCAUGGCUAGCACAGGAUCAUGUAUCCGACUUUCCCUGCCGACUCUGAAGCUCUUCGAGCGAGUUCAUCUUGUCUUCUACCGGUCUACUGAAUGGACGGACAAAUCCUUGACAACCAUUAUACUAGCCCGAAUAUCUCGUCGAAAUUUCCCAGAUUACAUUGUCUCGAGAUCUGCCAAUAUCUUCCCAACCCGAUCUGAGUUGCUAGAAUUUGAAGCAGCGCUGAGAACUCAAUUUAAAGUUGACAAUAUCCUCGAGUUUAAUGGUAAUCCUGGAAAGGGGGGUCUCGAGGAAGUUUUAUCUAUCUUUGACGAAGUUUACCCACGAUGGAAAGUCCUCUUGAAAGAGGAGCAACGCAAAGAAGACCGAGUCUACGAAAGUGGCGAGGGAGCGUACCUACGUCGAUUCUCACCAGCUUGGGUGUACACACGAAUUGUUCACAAAGGCACUUAUGUCCUAGGUCGGUUCAAGAUGUAUGAACGCGAACACGAGGUGACCUCUGAACUGCUUAACCAGCAACUGUUUCACGCCGCUCGGCGAGGAGCUUGGUAUCAGCGCAAAGCUCUUCUGGAGGAGCAUUACAUGUACAACCUACAACCGCCAUCUGGAAUUUCCGAUCCCGAGCAGCAGAAGAGACACUGGAAGCGGAUUUCACUUCGAACCUGCGAGGCAGGGCUGCAGGACAAAGACUGCCACAUGAUAUACCACUACGACCUCCAAAGGCGGAUCCGCAAGCUGGAGAAGAAUCUCAAGAUCCCGAAACGAGAACAACAUGAUUUCGGACAUGUCUUGCUCUCUCAACCCGUCGAAGUGACUGUUGAAGGUAUUCAACUCAAAAAGGAGUAUCCUACAAACAAAAGACGUGUAAGUGCACAAGGAGAGGAAAGACAACGCAGCACGAAGACUAUCUGGGUUGAUGAAGCUGAAGGGGGAGGCGAAUGCAGUGUUGAGGCCAUGUGUCUCUCUGACUACCGUUCCCGCGGAUUCAAGGGGUAUCACGCUGAAGGUGGCAUCAUUCGCACCUUAUUUGCUUAUCUCUUCUACGACGUGUUGUUCGUAUACAUCCCGAACGUCUUCCAGACCGCAUAUCAAACAUGUCCUUUGGAUCUGCACACCGAUGCUUUCUUUCCCUCUCGGGCGUCAGAGAUCAAUCACCGUUUAGUGGAAAUAGCGAACGGCUCGGCAGCAGACAUUAUUCGUGCCGUUGACGAAAGAGAAAGAGAGAAAAGAACCUGUAUUAUUGGGCUGAAUUGGGAUUUCGAACUCGACGACUUGUUGGAGAUCAUCUCUUGCUUCGACGGGCAGGCUCUAGCAACUGUUUGCAAAGUCAUGGCACAGGAAUACAGAAUGAGAGGAGGUGGUAUGCCGGAUCUCUUUUUGUGGGAUACGGAGAAGAAAGAAGUAGUGUUCUCGGAGGUGAAGAGUGAGAAUGAUAGGUUGAGUGAUACGCAGAGGUUGUGGAUUCAUGUUCUCACCGGGGCAGGUAUUAGGGUUGAGUUGUGUAAUGCCGUUGCGAGAGAGGUCAGAGUUGUAGAUGCUGAGUGAGGGAAUAUUGAUACAUCUAGGUCAUUUUGAUGACCAAAAUAUACGAAUCGAAGUCAACAGUCUUCAAAGGUGUCAAAGACGGACACGAAAUAUCUACAAUGUCCCCGUCCGUUUCAUUCGGAUAGAAAAUAAGUUCCC